AUGCUUGUUGCUUUUGUCCAGUUGCAUGUUGUCCCUGAAGUUGAGCAGUACCGUAGCUGCUUUAGCUGCCUCCAACAGGAAGCAGCGGUGGUGGAGAUCUUGUCAGACCACCACACUACCUACGAGAAACUGUUCAGUCACAAGGGCCGAGUACUAGACCCCAUCAGACUAGACCCCGUCAGACUAGACCCCGUCAGACUGGACCCCGUCAGUGUAGACGUCAGACUAGACACCGUCAGACUAGACCCCAGACUAGAUCCCGUCAGACUCGACCCCGUGAGACUAGACCCCGUCAGACUAGACCCCAUCAGACUAGACCCCGUCAGACUAGACCCCGUCAGACUAGACCCCGUCAGACUAGACCACAUCAGACUAGACCCCAGACUAGACCCCAUCAGACUAGACCCCAUCAGACUAGACCCCGUCAGACUAGACCCCAUCAGACUAGACCCCAUCAGACUAGACCCCAUUAGACUAGACACCGGUGGUCUCUACUCUGUGACCAUACAUCCAGUGGAUGUGUUGCGGAUGCUGCAGCUGCCCUCUCUCCCCGAAGGGGUGCGGAAGGUUCCAGGCUUCUGCACCUCCCGCCGUGCCGGCUCCGCUGACCAUGCCUACCGCAUCACCAAGAAGGCCCAGAUCUCUGCCCCCACCAGUCAACUCUUCUCAGGUCGUUUCCCAGAGAACUUCUCCAUCAUGGCUCUGGUCAAGGCCCAUGCGGGCCUCCAGGCCUUCCUGUUGUCCAUCUACAGUGAGCAGGGUGUCCAGCAGCUGGGUGUGGAGCUGGGACGCUCCCCCGUCUUCCUGUACGAGGACCAGACCGGCAAGCCCGCCCCCGAGGACUACCCCCUCUUCAGUGGCGUCAACCUGGCCGACGGCAAGUGGCACCGCAUCGCUAUCUCCGUGUCGAAGAAGAACGUCACCCUGCUCCUGGACUGUAAGAAGCGUAUGACCAGGGCCCUGCCCCGCAGCAACAGCCCCGUGGUGGAUACCAAGGGCAUCACCGUGUUCGGAGCACGCCUGCUGGACGAUGAGGUCUUCCAGGGCGAUAUCCAACAGCUGCUGAUCGCAUCCAACCCUCAGGCUGCUUAUGACUUCUGUGAACACUACAGCCCCGACUGUGACUCCCCCUUACCCAAGACCCAGUCCCAGGACCCCAACACAUACUACUUUGAUGAGGAGCAAGAUGACCAUGAGUACCUCUAUUAUUAUGGGGAAACAACAAGCCUACCUCCACCCUGGUCCCCCCCCCCACCUCUUUUUGACCUGACCAAUCAGGAUGUAGAAACUGCAAAUUCUGAGGCUGGCCACACCCCUACAGAGACGGAUUAUUAUUACGAGGAGGCAGUCCUACAGCCAGAGAGUGAGGUGAUUGGACAAGAAGGGACCACUGGCCAGGUGGAGGAGACAUUGGUGGCAGAGGAGGUAGAUUUGGCCAAGGCAGGUGGUGAGGUCGAGGCCUUUACUGAGGAGUAUGUGACUGGAGACCUGGGCAUGAAGGAAUACGACUAUUCCUACAAGGACUACAACGAGCCUCUGCCCGAAGGAGAGACUGACAGCUACAUGGGCCCCGCCCUGUCCGCUGUGACAGACGAGGGAGGCGCCUCAGUGAGUGCCGUAAAAGGAGAGAAGGGAGAGCCUGCUGUCCUUGAGCCUGGUAUGUUGAUUGAGGGACCUCCAGGACCAGAGGGACCGGCAGGUCUCAUCGGACCUAAUGGCCCAUCUGGCCCUCCUGGCUCUGUUGGUGAUCCUGGCGAGAGGGGAAUCGCUGGAAAGUCUGGUAUCCCUGGUGCCGAUGGCGUCCCUGGCCCCCCCGGAACGUCUGUCAUGCUGCCCUUCCGUUUUGGAAGCAGUGGAGGAGACAAGGGUCCCAUGGUCUCACAACAGGAAGCCCAGGCUCAGGCCAUUCUGUCUCAGGCCAGGCUGGCUCUGAAGGGACCACCUGGACCGAUGGGCUACACUGGACGCACAGGACCUCUGGGUACCCCUGGAAGUUCUGGUCUGAAGGGUGAGAGUGGGGAUCCUGGACCUCAGGGCCCCAGAGGACCACAGGGUUUGAGCGGCCCUCUCGGCAAAUCAGGAAGAAGAGGUCGUGCUGGAGCUGAUGGCGCCAGAGGCAUGCCAGGAGAGGGCGGGCCUAAGGGUGACCGUGGUUUCGACGGCCUGCCUGGAUUGCCCGGAGACAAAGGACACAGGGGUGAUACUGGAGGAUUGGGACCCCUAGGAGGUCCUGGAGAGGACGGAGAGAGGGGAGACGAUGGAGACAUCGGACCCAGAGGACUUCCAGGUGAACCCGGACCUCGUGGUUUGCUCGGGCCUAAAGGUCCGAACGGAAUCCCCGGCCCUCCUGGUGUGCGUGGAAACGACGGUCCCCACGGUCCUAAAGGAAACCUGGGUCCCCAAGGAGAGCCAGGGCCCCCAGGGCAGCAGGGUACCUCAGGAACACAGGGAACGCCAGGGCCACAGGGAGCCCACGGCCCCCCAGGAGAUAAGGGCCCCACAGGAAAACCUGGUCUGCCAGGAAUGUCCGGAGCCGACGGCCCCCCUGGUCACCCAGGAAAGGAGGGACCUGUUGGCACCAAAGGAAACCAGGGUCCCAACGGUCCUCAGGGAACUAUUGGCUAUCCUGGCCCUCGUGGCAUUAAGGGAACUCAAGGUAUCCGUGGGCUGAAUGGUCACAAAGGAGAGAAGGGAGAAGAUGGCUUCCCUGGAAUUAAAGGAGACUUUGGUGUCAAGGGGGAGAGAGGAGAGGGUGGAGUGCCCGGCCCCAGAGGAGAGGACGGUCCUGAGGGGCCAAAGGGUCGUGUUGGGCCCCCUGGCGAGCUCGGGCCCAUCGGUCUGGUUGGAGAGAAGGGUAAACUUGGUGUUCCUGGACUUCCUGGCUAUCCUGGAAGACUUGGACCUAAGGGCUCCCUCGGUUUCCCAGGAUUCCCUGGAACCAACGGCGAGAAGGGAACAAGGGGUCUGAUUGGAAAGUCUGGACCUAGAGGACAAAGAGGACCAACGGGCCCCAGAGGUCAGAGAGGGCCAAGAGGGUCUACUGGGAAAUCAGGAGCCAAGGGUACAUCAGGAAGUGACGGCCCAUCUGGUCCACCAGGAGAGAGGGGACUGCCCGGACCUCAAGGAGCAAACGGUUUCCCGGGGCCAAAGGGACCUCCCGGACCACCAGGAAAGGAUGGACUGCCCGGACACCCGGGACAGAGAGGAGAAGUUGGAUUCCAAGGAAAGACUGGGCCACCCGGGCCUCCAGGUGUUGUUGGACCUCAGGGUCCCUCAGGAGAGACUGGCCCCCUGGGCGAGCGCGGUCACCCCGGGCCUCCAGGACCACCAGGCGAGCAGGGACUCUCCGGACCAUCUGGCAAGGAGGGAACGAAGGGAGACCCUGGUCCCCUAGGCGGCCCCGGGAAAGACGGCCCCUCAGGACUGAGAGGCUUCCCCGGAGAGAGAGGAAUGCCUGGCACCCCGGGAGGUGGCGGACUGAAAGGAAGUGAAGGCCCAGCAGGACCUCCCGGAACAGCUGGAUCCCCAGGUGAGAGAGGACAGGCAGGCAGCGGAGGUCCCAUCGGACCCCCAGGAAGACCCGGCCCCCAGGGGCCUCCGGGACCAUCAGGAGAGAAGGGAGUGCCUGGUGAGAAAGGUCCAAUCGGCCCAGCUGGGCGUGACGGUGUCCAGGGCCCAGUGGGUCUGCCAGGUGCAGCCGGAUCCAUCGGAGUUCCAGGAGAGGACGGAGACAAGGGUGAGGUUGGAGAGCACGGCCAGAAGGGAGCGAAGGGCGGCAAAGGAGAGCAUGGUCCUCCCGGUCCACCAGGGCCAAUGGGUCCACUUGGUCAACCCGGCGCUGCUGGAGCUGAUGGAGAACUAGGAGCCAGAGGUCAGCAGGGGCCAUUUGGAGCCAAGGGAGAUGAAGGAUCAAGAGGAUUCCCAGGGGCCCCAGGUCCUAUUGGACUGCAGGGAUUGCCAGGCCCAUCAGGAGAGAAGGGAGAGACUGGAGAUGUCGGACCAAUGGGUCCACCUGGCCCCCCAGGACCCCGUGGCCCUGCUGGUCCCAGCGGUGCUGACGGUCCUCAAGGUCCUCCUGGUGGUCUGGGUAACCCUGGAAACCUGGGAGAUAAGGGAGAGCCUGGUGAAGCUGGACCACCUGGAAUCGGAGGAGAGCCAGGAAAGAAGGGCCCACGUGGAGAGCACGGUGACAAGGGAGAGGCGGGACAACCUGGUGCUUCUGGACCUGCGGGUGGAAGAGGAGGCCCUGGAGACGACGGACCCAAAGGAAACCCUGGCCCUGUUGGUUUCCCUGGCGACCCCGGUCCCCCUGGUGAACUCGGUCCCAGAGGUCAAGAUGGAGCAAAGGGAGAGAGAGGAGAGGACGGUGAACAAGGACAAGCUGGAUCUCCAGGACCCACUGGUGAGAAUGGACCUCCUGGUGGACCUGGAAAGAGGGGUCUUGCUGGAACGAGAGGACCAGAGGGACGACAAGGAGAGAAGGGAACUAAGGGAGACUCAGGUGCUAACGGACCACCAGGAAAGACAGGCCCCGUCGGACCUCAGGGUCAACCAGGGAAACCAGGAACGGAGGGUCUGAGAGGACUCCCUGGAUCAGUGGGCGAACAAGGUUCUCCAGGCCUUGCCGGCCAGAAGGGACCUCCCGGACCACUGGGACCACCAGGCUUGCCAGGACUGCGCGGCGAGGGCGGUGACAAGGGAGAGAAGGGCCACUCAGGUCUGAUCGGUCUGAUUGGGCCCCCCGGAGAGCAGGGAGAGAAGGGAGACAGGGGACUGUCAGGGCCACAGGGGACACACGGGUACAAGGGAGAGACUGGUGUCUCUGGAGGUACUGGACCUAUCGGUCCUGGUGGUCCUGCUGGCAUGCCUGGUCCCCAAGGUGUCAAGGGAGCUAAGGGUGCUACAGGAGGAGGUGGUCCCAAGGGAGAGAAGGGUGUCUCAGGACCCCCCGGGCCUCCAGGUCCUCCAGGCGACGUCAUCCAGCCGCUGCCCAUCCAAAUCGCCAAGAAGUCCAAACGCUCCAUCGAUGCCAGCCGGAUGCUGUCCGAGACAGACGCAGAAGCGGUCGCAGCCGACGCCACCGGCACAGAGUUCCUGACAGGCAGUGAAGGCAUGGAGGAGAUCUUCGGCUCACUGAACUCGCUGCGACAGGAGAUCGAGACCAUGCGCUUCCCUCUGGGCACCAAGGACAGCCCUGCACGCACCUGCCAGGACCUGAAACUCGGGCAGCCAGAGCUCAAAGACGGAGAGUACUGGAUCGACCCCAACCAGGGUUGCUCUCGCGACUCUCUCAAGGUGUUCUGCAACUUCACCGCCGGUGGGGAGACCUGCCUGUACCCCAGCAAGAGCGUGGACACGGUAAAGCUCAGCUCUUGGACCACGGAGAAACCAGGCUCCUGGUACAGUGAGUUUGCAACUGGCAGCAAGCUGUCGUACGUGGACUCUAAUGGCGAGCCGAUCGGCGUGGUCCAGUUGGGCUUCCUGCGGCUGCUGAGUGUCCAGGCCCGCCAAAACCUCACCUACCACUGCCAUCGCUCUGUGGCCUGGGCCGACCGCACGGCCAAUAACGGCCACAAGAGGGCGCUACACUUCCAAGGCGCCAACGAUGAGGACCUCAGCUACGAGACCAGCCCAUACAUCAAGGCCCUGGUUGACGGCUGUUCUUAUCGUAAGGGCUUCGACAGGACAGUGGUGGAGGUGAACACGCCCCAGGUGGAACAGCUUCCUCUGCGGGACCUCAAGAUCACAGACUUUGGGGAGAGCAACCAGAAAUUUGGCUUUGAAGUGGGACCUGUCUGUUUCCUGGGCUAAAACACCAUGCAGAGAAAUGACAAACACCUACACAUAUAGAAUAUACACUUACACUGAUGAACACACACACAUACACAACACAAACAUUAACAUAC